AUGCAUGAUUCUCUCGAUGAUGCCGACGCUGAAUUUUCCCCAGAGCUGGCAGCCAUCAAGUGUCAACGUCAGGAAGAAAUCCUCGUCGUUAAAGCUCCAUUCUUGAAAAGAUGUUCAAGUGAGAUUAUAGUCGCCGUUGAGAAGUCUAAGUGGAGGAAGGGGUCUAUCAUUAUAAAUCUCUUCAUCUUCUUCCUCAUACUGCUCCUGAGUGAUAUAUGA